AUGACUUUACUCACCACGGAAGUUAAAGCAGAAAAUACUCGGGGUUACAUCAAUCCACUGAACGGUAAAGCGGUCGAUUUGUUCAUCGCGGUAGAUGAGUCGAACGCAUAUAUGAACUCGAUGCAAUUGGGUUUGAUGAAAACAGCCUUAAACAACAUCGCGACAGAGCUGAACCCAACGGGUUCAAAUCCAUUCUUUGGUGUUUACUUCUAUGGUGCAACACAAGCAAUUGAUAAUGUUGUUCCAUUUAAAACAGGUUCGGCUGGUUCACUCAAGACAUAUUUGGAAAUAAAACAAUAUACAAAGGCACAAACGAGCCCCUCCACACUAAAUAUGGCUUUGGGUGCUGUCAAGCAAGAUUGUCUUACGCACUGCCGACCAAUCGUACCACGAGUGACUGUUGUGAUAUCUAAUCUGCCCGAUUAUGCAGCCAGAGCUACGAUUCGACAAAUGGAAAAAGAUUCCGGUAUGACCGUUAUUGUUGUCGGCAUUGGAUCGACCGCAACUGCAACUAUUGUGAACCAAUUAGCCACAUAUCCUGCAGAAUCUUAUGCUAUUCCAGUCUCUACUCACUAUGAGCUGAUCAUGGCUAGUUCACACAUCGGCUCUACGGUCUCGGAUGUCCCACGAAUUCUCAACAUAAACAACGCUGUACACAUACCUACGACAACAAGUGGUGUUUAUCAUACGGUUCAACUUAAUACUCACUCAUACACGACUACAAAUGACAUGAUCAUCAUGUUCUCAUCAAAUUGCCCAACCUGUUCCGUGUUUGGGUCAUUAUCUGAGCAUAAUCCCACUAGAACAAAUACAGUUGCAAAUACAAAUCGACGCAGCUUUUUUGCUUACAGUGGAUAUCCCAACAGCAUGCAUUACUUUCGUGUACCAAAAGACACUGGCCGAUUCUUUUUAAGCUUUCUAGGAAAUGGAAUGAGUGGCGUCUAUAUUUGGGUGGAUGUGUUCUCUUUACCAAAUAUGUUGAGCAGUUCGACUAGAAUUAUUCAAAACAUGAACCUAACGAAAUCCAAUUCAUAA